AUGAGCGGUAACGCUAUUCUAGUAUUUAUUGUCCGUGUCAUGAAUACAUCCACAGAAUUAUUUUUAAAAGAUAACCGUUUUCUAAUGAAAACUAUUCUAAUUCAACCAUAUGAAUGUGAAAUUGGCAGAGAUUUUUAUCUUAUACUUUAUGGUUUAGUCGGCUAUUUGUGCACGUCAUUAAUAUUAGCAUGUCAUCUUCUCGUACAUACAUAUCUCUCAAAAAUAAAUUUUUAUAUCGCCGAUAUUGUUGAAACACAACAGAUCAUUCAACAGGAACAAAAAUUAAAUCAACAACGUGAAUACGAACGAAAACUUCAACAACAACAAUUUAUAAUGAUGCCAAAUCAAUAUCAACGUCAACUGGCAAAGCGUCUCACAUCAGUGUCUUCCAAUAAUGAUUCACCUGUAAUAGACAGAAUACAAAGACAAAGACCACAGUUCAGGAGAACAAUAUCCGACGCAUCAGCUGAUAGUGUAAUGGUUUAA